AUGGCUCCACACUUAGAUAACACCAAAUUGGAUGAAAUUAGACUUUUGCUUAAAAAUCCAGGCAAGGAAACCCACAUUCUUGGUAUCACCGAGUCGUGGUUAGAUCAAAAUUUCAACAACUCCUAUGUCAAAAUUCCGGGCUACAAAUUGGAACGACUGGACCGUGACCAAGUCAACCUGCCUUUUACCAAGCAAGGAGGUGGUGGAAUCGCUGUCUAUAUCUAUAAUAAUAUUCCCUAUCGAAGAAGAAAAGAUCUAGAAUCUAACGAUAUGGAAUCAGUUUGGAUUCAGUUAUGCCCGCCGAAACGUCCAAGUCAUUUAAUUUUCUUUGCUUACAGAAGUCCUGAUUACGACGUUCCUUCAUGGUUGAACAACUUUGAAUCACAACUAACCAAAGCAUAUCUCGAAGGCUGCGAUAUCUCUAUUCUUGGUGACUUUAACAUCGACCUACUGGUAGACACUCCUCAACGUAAAUCUUGGCUAGAACUGACCGAAAACUUUCAACUAAAACAAGUUGUUUGCGAGACCACAAGAAUAACUCCAAGUUCUUCAACGUUGAUUGAUCACAUUUUCACCUCAAAUCCAACUAAAGUAAGGAGAAUAAAAGUACCUAAAAUUGGACUCAGUGAUCAUUUCCCUACAUGUAUUCUUUUCAAGCAACGCUUUGGGAUAAAACACCGUCACACCACCAUCAAGUAUCGGUCUUACAAGAACUUUGACCAAGUCUCGUUUCUAAAUGAGCUCCAACAAUGCCCUUGGGGAUCAAUCUACRACUGCGAAGAUGUCAACCAAAGCCUAGAUACAUGGUAUAAGCUAUUACAAGAAGUCAUCGAUAAACAUCUGCCACUAACAGCCAAGCGRGUAAAAAGAGUAAAGCAGCCAGAAUGGAUGAACAAAAGAGACCACUACAAAGCUACUAAGGAAUUUAGUCUAUACAAAAUCGAGCGUAACCGAUGUGUAUCACUCAUUAAACAUGCCAAGAAAACCUACUACCAAUCUUGUGUGUCAAACUGUAAAGGUGACUCCUCAAAAUUAUGGAAAUAUAUCAACAAACUAUCACCUAGAGAUAAAAAAUCGUCACCCACCACUUUGAAAGAGAGCAACACUAUCCUCACUAGUCCAUCUGAUGUCUGUGAUGCUUUCAACAAUUACUUUGGCUCUGUGGUAGACCAGUACUAA